AUGUCCACAGAUGCGAAAGGUGCUGCAGAAGGUGCUGAGAAGAAGCCGUCAAUAGGAUGGCUGGGCCUGGGGAUCAUGGGUACCGCCAUGACUCGCAACCUUCUGAAAGCAGGGUACGACGUCACCGUCUGGAACCGGACACUCAGCAAAGCAGAGGGCAUGGUGCAGGAAGGGGCAAGGCUUGGCAAGACCCCCGCGCAAGUCGUGCGCGACUGCGACAUCACGUUUGCCAUGCUGGCGGACCCUGCAGCUGCGCUUAGCGCUGCUCUCGGAGAGGACGGAGCCGUCGCCGGAGUCAGUGCUGGAAAAGGGUACGUCGACGUUUCAACAGUGGACGGCGACACAGCGCGGCAGAUUGCGGAAGCUGUCAGGAAAGCUGGGGGUCAGUUUUUGGAGGCCCCCGUAUCCGGCUCGAAGAAGCCUGCCGAAGACGGGACUCUCAUCUUUCUGACGGCAGGGGACAAGGCGCUCUUCGACCGUGCCAGCGCAGCGUUCGACGUCAUGGGUAAGGCUAAGUUUUUCUUGGGAGACGUUGGGCAAGGGGCCAACAUGAAGCUAGUGGUCAACAUGGUCAUGGGCAGCAUGCUGGCCUCGUUCUCGGAGGGGCUUCUACUGGGCCAGGCUGCGGGCCUCAGCCCAGAAACCAUUCUGGAGGUUGUUUUGCUGGGCGCCAUCAACGCUCCGCUGUACAGCAUGAAGGGCCCCACCAUGCUCAAGGGCUCCUACAGCCCCGCCUUUCCGCUCAAGCACCAACAAAAGGACCUCCGGCUGGCACUCGAGCUCGCGGAGGCGGUCGGGCAGCCGCUCCCAGUCGCCGCGGCCGCCAACGCGCUCUAUGAGAAAGCCCGGGAGGCGGGCCUGGGGGAUCAGGACUUCUCGGCGGUGCUGGAGGCGUUGAAGCAGCGGCGAGGGAAGGACGGGGCGUAA